AUGUCUGAACUCAACCAAAACGCUGAUGAAGAAGUGUGUCCUGAGGACAUCGAUGAAGAUGAAAUCCUGGCAAACCUGUCCCCCGAGGAGCUAAAGGAGCUGCAGUGUGAGAUGGAAGUCAUGGCCCCAGACCCCGAAGUCCCAACUGGGAUGAUACAGAGGGACCAGACGGAGAAACCUCCCACGGGGAGCUUCGACCACAGGUCCCUGGUUGACUACCUGUACUGGCAGAAGGCAUCCAGACGCAUGCUCGAGGACGAGCGAGUUCCCGUCACCCUCUUGCCCUCUGAGAGGUAUCUAAAUCCAGCCGCUAACUGUUUAUUUGAGCAGAAAGUUAAUGUAAAAAAGCCACGUUCAAUUAUUUCAGCUGUGAGGUUUUGUCUUCCUCAGAGAAGUGCUGCGGAGGAGACGGAAGGAAAGGCCGGCGGCAGCGGCCAGGCAGCCGGCGGGAGGGUGUCAGGAGCAGAGGGAAAAGAGAGACAUUACAAAAAUGAGCACUUGUCCAACUCAGGAAUGCAAUUUGGGGAGACAAAGAAAGAUGGAAGCCAUAAGGAGAGAGAGGAGGAGGAGGAUGAGAAAGAAGAAGCAGAGGAGGAAGAGGAGGAGGAAGAGGAUGAAGGGGAAGAUGAGACUAAAUUGGAAACAAAGGAGACUUAUACCAACGAGAACCGUCACAGUGAUCAGACAAGUAAGAAACCAGGUACAGAAUCAGGAGAAAGCACAGAAAAGCCAAACGGAAAUGAAAAGAAAAUAUCAAAAUUAAACAUCCCCAAAAAGUUAGCACUGGAUACCAGCUUCAUGAAGCUAAGUGCCAGGCCUUCAGGAAAUCAAACCAACUUAGAAGAGAGUUUGGAGAAAGUCCGAAAAAACAACCCAGACGUGAAAGAGCUCAACCUGAACAACAUAGAAAACAUCCCCAAAGAAAUGCUGAUAGACUUUGUCAAUGCCAUGAAAAAGAAUAAGAACGUAAAAACGUUCAGCUUGGCCAACGUGGGGGCCGACGACAACGUGGCGUUCGCCCUGGCCAACAUGCUGCGGGAGAACAGGAGCAUCACCACGUUGAACAUCGAUUCCAAUUUCAUCUCUGGGAAAGGGAUCGUUGCCAUCGUGAGGUGCCUGCAGUACAAUGAGACGCUGACGGAGCUCCGCUUCCACAACCAGCGGAGCAUGCUGGGCCACCAGGCAGAAAUGGAGAUCGCCAGGCUGCUGAAAGCCAACCCCACCCUCCUUAAAAUGGGGUACCACUUCGAGCUGCCGGGGCCCAGGAUGGUGGUGACCAACCUGCUCAGCAGAAACCUGGACAAGCAGAGGCAAAAGAGGCAAGAGGAGCAGAGGCAGCAGCAAAUGAAGGAGCAGAGGGAGUUGAUAGCGAUGCUGGAAAACGGACUUGGGUUGCCUCCUGGGAUGUGGGAAAUGUUGGGGGGACCGCUGCCCCAGCCGAGGAUGCACGAACCUCCGCAAGCCCCGAAACCACCCGUCCCCGCGGCCGUGUCUCUGAGCAAAAGGCAGGAGAGCACGAGGCAGCCGGCCCCCGAGCAGCCCGUCAGCUUCAGAGUGGUGAAGCUGAAGAAGAUUCAGCGCAAACCCGCCGUGCCGGCGUACGUGGAACCCCCCGAGAAAACCAACCUCAAAGACGUCAUCAAAACGCUUAAACCGAUUCCCAGGAGAAGGCCGCCGCCUCUCGUCGAAAUAACCCCCAGAGAUCAGCUACUAAACGACAUUCGUCAGAGUAACGUCGCUUAUCUUAAACCGGUGCCAUUGCCAAAGCAGCUGGAGUGA